GAUGCAUGCACAGCAACAUGGAUAAUUGUGGGCACCUGGCUAACACUCUAGCCAAAAGAAAAAAGUAUAUAUAUGUCUGACAGGAUGAAAAAAUGCACGAGUAUAUGCCUUCCAUUGUCGUUGGAGAUGGAAAAACAAUCAAUGGCAGAGACAUCGCACAGUUUUCCCAGUGGAUUGCUGCCAGCCUUGGGUGCCAGCAGCCAGCAGCCAAUACAAAAAAAGCUGCGCAGAUAUAUUAUUUCACCCUACAACACUCGUUACAGGUGUUGGCAGAAUUUUCUGAUCCCUUUGGUAAUGUAUUCCGCAUGGAUUUCAACCUUCGAAACAGGAUUCUUACAGGAACCCAUUCCUCCUGCUCUUUCAAUUCUGGAUAACAUCCUCAAUGCCUUCUUCGCCAUUGAUAUUGUCUUGACAUUUAUGGUCGCUUACAGAGACACGAGAACAUAUUUGCUCGUAGACGAUCCCAAGAGAAUUGCCCUCAAGUAUCUGUCGACGUGGUUUAUCUUCGAUGUUUCAUCAACUAUACCAUUUCAGGCAUUGGUCUUACUCUUUACAGGGAACUCUGGGUCAGGUUUAAUGUAUAAUUUACUUCACAUACUCAGGCUUUGGCGACUGCGAAAAGUUAGUGCUCUUUUUGCCAGACUUGAAAAAGACAUCCGCGUAAAUUAUUUCUGGCUUCGAUGUGCUAAGCUCAUUUGUACAACAGCCUUUUCAAUACACAUUGCUGGGUGCUUCUUUUAUCUGCUUGCAUCACGUUACAAGGAUCCCAAAAAUACAUGGAUUGGUAGUUCCAUUAGUCCCGAUUUCAAAGAAACCAGUCUUUGGGAGCGUUAUGUGGCUGCAAUUUACUGGUCUCUCACUACUCUAUCCAGCGUUGGUUAUGGAGAUAUUCAUCCCCAGAACACCCAAGAGAUGAUUUUUGCCAUAGUUUACAUGAUGUUUAAUUUGGGUCUCACUGCUUACUUGAUUGGCAACAUGACAAGCCUCGUUGUGGACGAUUCAACCAGGACAAGAAAAUUUAGAAGCAUGAUUACAGAAGCUUCAAGCUGUGCCUCCAGAAAUCAGCUUCCAGAUCAAUUGAAAAAUCAGAUUAUAGAUUACUUGACUCUGAAAUUUAGAACCGAGGGAUAUCAAAAGCAACCACUAUUCGAUUCUCUCCCAAGUGGCCUUCGUUUGAACAUUCUUCAGUACUUGUUUUUGCCCAUACUUGAAAAAACUUACUUAUUCCAGGGAGUGUCCUGCAGUUUUCUCCUGCACCUGGUAUCAGAGGUUCAAGCUGCCUAUUUCCCUGCAAGGCAUGACAUUAUUUUGCAAGAAGAAGCUCCCACGGAUCUCUAUAUUGUUGUCUCUGGAGCAGUGGAAUUAGUCUUUCGCAGAGGAGGACUUGAAGAGAAGCUUGUAAAGGAAGAAACAGGUGAUAUGUUUGGAGAAUUGGGAGUGCUAUUUAAUAAGCCUCAUGAAUUUAGGGCUACAACAAAGAUGCUUUCACAACUUCUAAUACUUGGGCGCAGUGCAUUGCUGGAAGUGUUGAAAUCACAUGUCGAAGACAGACAGAUAGUUAUGGCAAAUCUAUCUCAGAUUCGACUUUAAUUCAAGCCUUCUGCUAUUAUCAUACAUGAUGAAGAUUUUGAAUCUGAUCCUCCUCUUUAAACCAGCAUAACUCAAGCAAUCAGCACAAGCAGAAAAUACUGUGUAGUAAUUCUGAAGUUUUUCUGUGUAUGCCUGAAAAUUACAGACUACAUAUCCAAAACAACGACUAGAUCUUUUUCUAACCUGCAACUUAUUUACAAAUGAAAUUCUGUAAAAAUAGCGCACGUUCAAACUCUUCUUGCAUGUAGUAUGACUUAUCAACACAGGAGACAUUGAAUUAUUAUACAGUCUUGUAAAAAUCUGUAAAGCUACUUUCUAGUUUUAGAUAUGUAACUGUAUCGUGUUCCUCGUGAACUUGUUGAAGUCAUUGUAUUUGGCUAGAACAUGCUACGUUUCUUAAGCCUUAGUAUUUGUGUGGACAGCUAUAAACCUCUUGUUAA